AAUACAAUCAGCGGGUCUCUCUGUUGUAUUUCUGUGGAUACCGGCACACAUAGGAAUUUCGGGCAAUGAAUUAGCGGACAGAACCGCAAAAGAAGCAGCUGAGAAGCCUUAUGUAGAUGUACAUGUUGCUAUUAGCAAGGCAGAGGUUAAAAGUCUGGUGAAGGGGAAAAUCUUUCACACAUGGCAGGAAAGAUGGGAGGGUGAUACUAAAGGAAGGUGGUAUUAUAGGAUCCAGAGGGUUGUUGGGGAGAUGGGGUAUGUCGGUCGCAAUAGAUUGGAGAGUAGAAUUGUGUCCAGACUGAGGUUUGGUCAUACACAACUAAAUUAUGAUCUCUUUAAGAUUGGGAAACAUACAACUGGUGAAUGUGACUUUUGUGUUGCACAAGAAACUAUAGAGCACGUGUUGAUGUUUUGUGGGAAGUUCUCUGUUCAGAGACAGUGGCUGAAAAGACGUCUGGGAGAGAAAGGAAUAAGAUGGGGAAUAACAGAAAUUUUGAGGAACACUAGCAGUUACCCUCUUCUAAUUUAUUUCUUGAAGCAAACAAAAUUGAUACAUAAAAUAUGAGGGAAUUAGUGGGUUGGAUUUCUGAUCCACACUCCAUACCAGUAGGUGGCGGAAAUGCACCAAAAAGCUGAGUGCCAACCGCCAUUAAACCACACAAGAAGAAGAAGAAGAAGAAGAUUCAAACCGGAAGUACCUCGUUGUGGUUGUCGUUUGUACGCAAGCGCAGUUAAUUCACGUGCGCUAUGGCUGUGGUCAAUACUCUUUCGAAGGCCGACGCAGGAGAUGAUGGCGUCUCUCAGCUGGAGGACCAGCAGGAUUUUGAUGGAGAAAGCUGUGAAGAGGAAGACGAUUUGGGCGAGGAAGACAAACAGGAGGAUGGAGAGGAUGCAGGCGCUGGCUGGGCCGAGGCCAUGGCAAAGAUCCUGGGCAAAGAGACGAUAGUGAGCAGCAGCAUCCUGCUGAAGAACAAAGAGCUGCAGAAGAUAAAGGCAGCAGAGAGAGAGGAGCAGCUGAUCCGAAGAAAACAGUUGGACAAGAAGCGCACGUGGGAGAUGAUGUUUCGGGAGAAGCCUGACCUGGUGAAGGACCGAGAGGCUGAAAGGGCCCUGCAGAGAACCGCCACCCGUGGGGUGGUGCAGCUGUUCAACGCUGUGAAGAAACAUCAGAAGACUCUGGACCAGCAGGUGAAGGAGGCUGGCAGCUCAGAAAGAAAGAAGGCCAAGAUCCUGUCCUCCUUCUCCAAGAAGGACUUCAUUGGUGCUCUGAGGAGAGCUGACGAAGGGGGCCGCGUGCACGGGGAGGGCCACGCUCGGGGGAAGCCAGAGGAGGGCGCUGCUCCUGCAGCAGAGCAGAAGCCGUCCUGGAGCGUCCUCAGUGAAGACUUCAUGAUGGAACCCUCCAUGAAAGACUGGGACAAGGACAGUGGCGCUGAGGAGCCGGAGCCACACUCAGAUGGAGGGUCAGAUGACUCCGACUGAGGAUUGUGAUCACUUGAUGGACAUUCUAGAAAAAGAGACUUUAAACUGUCUGAGCUGGAAGAACCUGCUCUUCAUCUGAUGAUGCUACAAACAUGUUCUCCUGAAUCUACUCUGCUGAUGUGAGCAGGUGAGCUUUAUCAUGCAGGUGAGGAUAAAGACUUGUUCUUCAGUCCUGAGGAGCAGCAGUUAAAGCAGCUGAACUUUACAGGUUCGAACGUUUGCAUUUGUGAGCCGACCUUUUAACGUAUAAACUGACGAACGUGGGGUCAGCGUGAGGUCAUGCACAUCAGGUGUGAGGCUAGGAUUGAAUGAUGAGCCAAUCAGCAGGCACAGACCCCCAGCCUGCUCUCAGAAAUGAGUGUUUGUUUCAAAAGUGAACACUUUAGCUCCACUGAACUAAACGAUGUCUGGAUUAUAUCCAGAAUAGGACUAAAUGCAACCUUCUGGUCAGAUAACAUGAACUAUGAUUUGUUCAGAAAUACGUAUUAAAGAUUCAUGUCCAGAAUAAAGUCGGUAUUUCAUGGA